GUCAUGGACGUCACGAAGGAGGAUGAUCCCGAAAUUGAAACUUUGAGACAGGAACUAGACUGGCUUCUGACAGACCAGGUGCACAAGGUCCUUGAAGAAAUCAGUAGUAUACUGUGGGAGUGCUCUAGACGUCUCCCAACAAGACCCGGUCAUGAUGAAAGCAAAAGUCUAGUGAUGCCUCAAAGACUUCUUUUGUCUUGUACAAAUGGAAGUAAUGGCUCUGUGAAGUGUGUUGUUACUUUAAAGGGGGAUCGAAUUUCAGAUGGGGAUAUCAGCUUUAAACAUAAACAAGGAAAAGAUAACCACGUCUACAAGACAUCUAUAAACCCAGAGGUCACAUGGAAACUACAGCAGGUACAGGAUGCUACCAAUUUUCUAUACAGUGCCAUAAAUAUCAUUGAAGAACAGGACGACAGAACGGGUUAUACUUCAGCCAAACAAGUCAUUCUGCUUCUAGACAGGGUGAUUGACAGUUUAAACCAGGGCAGAUCUGCCUUGGCUUUUCCCAAAAGGAAGUCUUUAGAAGAACUGGUGUAUAAUAGAAAUAUGCAAACUCUACGUCCUUCAGUGCCAAAUCAUGUAGCUUUAAGUUUUUAUGUCCAUGCCUCCAAACUAAUCCUGUCUGUUUAUCAUCUGGGGAACAAUGCCUUGACACAUCAACUGGACAUCAUCUCCAGAAAUCAGGUUGAGUGUUCAGUGCAGUGGUUGAAUGAAGCGGUGAUGUUGUUUACGUUAGCCUUACAACGAUGUCAACAACUCAAAGAUAAGGUGUGUCUUCUGCAGCAGUGUGACAAUGGAUCAUGACACAAAAGAAUAUUCCAGAUUGUUUUAUGCAGCAUACAGAGAAAAACACAAAACAUUUCAUAUCUUUUAAUUCAUUGUGAUAUUUGUAUUUUGUUAUUGUACAUAAGAUUUGAUUAAAAUACAUGUUUGCAGUU